AUGAGUUGGAUGUUCCUCAGGGACCUCCUAACUGGAGUAAACAAAUACUCAACCGGGAUUGGGCGGAUUUGGCUUGCUGUUGUGUUCAUCUUCCGUUUGCUGGUCUACAUGGUGGCGGCAGAGCAUGUGUGGAAAGAUGAGCAGAGAGAGUUUGAGUGCAACGUUAAACAGCCUGGUUGUGAAAAUGUGUGUUUUGAUCACUUCUUCCCCAUCUCCCAGGUCAGACUUUGGGGCUUACAACUGGUCAUGGUCUCCACACCUUCACUUCUGGUGGUUCUACAUGUAGCCUAUCGUGAGGGUAGAGAGAAGAGGCACAGAAAGAAACUCUAUGUCAGCCCAGGUAUGAUGGAUGGGGGCCUGUGGUACACUUACCUUAUCAGCCUUAUUGUUAAAACUGGUUUUGAAAUUGGCUUCCUGGCUUUAUUUUACAAACUGUAUGAUGGCUUUAGUGUUCCCUACCUUAUGAAGUGUGAUUUGAAGCCUUGUCCCAACACUGUGGACUGCUUCAUCUCCAAACCCACCGAGAAAACGAUCUUCAUACUCUUCUUGGUUAUUACCUCAUGCCUGUGCAUUGUGUUGAAUUUCAUUGAACUGAGCUUUUUGGUUCUCAAGUGCCUUAUUAAGUGCUGUCUCCAAAAAUACUCUAAGAGACUCAAGUCCUCAGCAUGUGAGUGCCACAACCUCAGACAUGUUGAAUGUGGUGAGAUAGGGGCUCCUCCCCUGCUCCAGAAUCGCCAUUCAGAUUUGGCCAUGAGCUCACCCCAGCGAGGUGACACAAAGCUGCUUUUUGAUGCAAAAGAGGGUUAG